UUGCAUUAAAAAUAAUUAUUAAUUUCUUAGGGGGUCCUCGGCCCUCUACCAAACCGUUACAACGUACCUGGGCAGUCUACAAGUCCACGCUAGCAUAACAAGCCUCGUCUCGUCUCGUCAGCAACAUUGAAUGCUACACUUUACACCCAUACUACUACUACCCGCUACUCACCCAUUAAUCCAUUCACACUCACUUCUCUUCUAAAUUCCUAACUCGCCACCCCUUCCAUCCGGUUGGCUCUAUCAUAUUUUGCAAUUACUUUUGCGACGGGCCAAUUGAGUGUGCGAUUUCGGUAAAAAGCCUUGAAAACCGUUGUCGGGAAGACCCGAGUCUUCCUCUCUUUUUCUAUUUCUUGUCAAUGGGGUUUAGCUGUUUGGCUUUCUGCUUCUACUAAAAUACAAAACGUACAAGGAAGACAGUGUCUUUCUCUUACUUAGCCAUCCGCUUUCUUGCAGUAUGCUGCCUUAAUCCUUAAUGUACCAAGUCGAUUUCACACCCGACCUGUCGCUUGCUGUGCGCGAUCGUACAGACCAAGCUGCGGCAGAAUCCCGACGUAUCGCGCAACCUGCGCCGUAGCGACGACAAACGGCGCAAUCCAAUAUGGAGGGUACUCUACUGGUUCCCCCAGAUAGGGGUACUAUAAUUGGUAGAGCCGUAUGGAAGCCUCGAUAUCUCGUCAUCGGCCCACAAAGGGAUGCUUUCCCGUCGAAUACCGGCUUCUCUCAGGUCGCCGCUCGUAUCAAGGACGCUGGCAGCCGGUCAUCGAAGGCACCGCUGCCUCAAAGGCCGCAAUCGGAUGCCAUCUAUUUGUCGAUAUAUAAAGCUCGGGAUGACUGGGAACCAGUCCAACAACACUCGAUUGCGUCUAUCACUGAAUCACAGGUCCAGAUGAUUGCCCACCGCAAGCAAGGACCAGUACUCCCGACUCUUGCUAUCCAGAUAUCGCCGGAUCCUGCCACUGACAAGUUGCGAAAACGCCGUUCAAGCCGAACUGCAGGUCUAACUACUACUAAGGAUUCAGGUCCGACGACAUUGUGGUUUCGCCUCGGCGAUGAUCGUACGUAUACGCUAGAGGAUUGGUCCCGUUACAUACAAUCGAUAAUUCAGCCCGAGAUUCCUGGUCGACAUCCCAUAAGUCCAAUUAGCCCGACAUCGCCGACCUUCAUCAACCCAUUUGCACCCUCCGUGGCCCGGGAUUAUGCAGCUACAUCGAGUGGUAGCUCCUCGAAAACACGGAGAAGGAUGACUACUAAGUCGUCUCACCACACGUAUGGAUCCAGUCGGGAAGCUAACGUCCCUUACACAUUCGCUGAGUCGGCUAGCAUACGUUCCGGCCGUAGCGACAUGUCGUCUUCCCACGCUAGCUCGAUGGCUCCUGUUGCCACGACAUACGCGACGCAGCAUUAUACAACAGUCCACCCUUCCGAUCUUCCGUCACCUGCCACAACAGUUGGGGAAUAUCAUGAUCAAUUCAUCGAAGGAUGGACAUCUGCACAAGGACGGUCGUCUACUUUGAGUUCCCCUAUUAGGGCCAGAGAGAGUAUUGGUUCUUCGCCCGGCCAGUUUCUACCCAGUCUCCACUCUGGCUCCCCUCCGGCACCUCGAGAGACCAUCUUGGAUAGGGCCUUCCAGCUGCGGUGUAUUCCAGGCUCAGACCGCGAGGUUCCAGGGGAGGAAAAGCUCAGUUCCAUUGCUAGAUUCGAAGCAUUGAUGCGCCAGGCGGAGGAACGCCAGAGGGCCUUCGAGAAGGAAAGGCCAACGAUAGUGGGAAAGGAACCACUUAAGAGUACUUGGGAAGAAGAUGAAAGUGAAGAUGAGGGUGGUGCCGGUGAGGACGAAGAGGAUAGUGACGAGGAUGUGUUUGAACAGGACCUAGGCAAUGAUGAGAUUGGACCGUCUGCGCAGAGGGCGCUCCACUUUAUUGCUAACCGUCAUAGCGGGAGGUCGCAAUUGUCGCAGUCGAGUACCAGAACGGUAUCGAAUAUUCAGGAAUCGACACCAGUCAUCCUCCGACCACAUACCGCACAUUCAAGGUUGCGACCGGCGGCUCAACGAACAAGCAGUCAACCACAGAUCCCUGCAGCCGCGCUCGAGAUGUCAGCUAUCCCUAGUAGGGUGCAAGAAGAAGGUGUGACCCGACGAAACCACGAGAAACGUCACUCGACAUCUGAUGUGAAAAGACUGAGCUUCAAUGAGUUCACUAAGCGAUUGAGCGGUACUAGCAGUUUGUUGCUCGUGCAGACAAAUACCAGCGCUAACAGCAGUCGAGGAAGUAGCGAAAUAGACGGUGCUCAACAGUCAACGCCACCAAGAGUCGGCGCAUUGAGCCCUAGAGGGGGAGCGUUAUCACCGACCGAACGAGAAGAGCGCUGCCGGUGGCGGGGCAGCGUCGGCGUAUUCGGCUCCAACGAAGGCGGAUUCCUAUAAAACAGGCACUCGCGUUAUUGCGCAUUCGAUUCUUAGGCCACCGAUGUGAUCACCAGAACCUUGGCCGGGGAGUUUGGUCUCCCUCUGUAUUUUGAUACCACAAUGUUUUGCUUGUUACGACCCGUCACGACCAUCGCGCACGUGGCCAAAUCCACGGCGCCACGAUUCCCGACUUAUGGGACAUGAUAUAAUCCCAUGCAUAUUGAAGAAGUGUUCAGUUGAAUUUAUGGAAUACAGCACGAGACGAAAUAUUUUCAUUGAGAGAAUUGUUGAACGAGGAAACUGUCACGAUGUCUGAGCUGCGAGACUCAUAAUCUUCUGUCUGAUAUCCAUCUUAUUUUAGAAAAUUUUUUGUUUGUUUCGCAAUAUUAGUGAUACCCUUGGGCAUCAUGAAAGAAUAUACACCAGCCAUUUAUAUAUGUGCAAA